AUGCCGGACGGCAACAGAUCGGUAUUUGUCGGGAACAUCCCAUAUGGCGUCACUGAAGAGAUAAUCAAAGACCUUCUCGGCCGCGUGGGUCAAGUACUAAACUUCCGCCUCGUCUACGACAAAGAUACUGGCCGACCAAAAGGCUUUGGCUUCGCCGAGUUCUCGGAUCCAGACGCCGCGGCCUCAGCCAUACGGAACCUGGACAACUACGAGCUCAUGGGGAGGACACUGAAAGUCGACUGGUCCAAAGAUGGCGCCAAAGGGGAUGAAGCGCCGAUGGAUUACAACACCACACAACAGCCAACGACGAACGGCCAAGGACAAGAUGCCACAGCACCUCCGUCCAGUGUGCUACCGCCUCUGCCGCCAGGAGCGCAGCUUGAGCCAGGCUUGCUGGCGCCCGACGCGAUAUCGAAAACACUCAGUGCCUUCCCUCCAGCACAGCUACUGGACCUGAUGACGCAAGUGAAGAAGGUCGCAACAGACAAUCCAGCUCAAGCGCACGAGCUCUUCAGAACCCAGCCCCAGCUCUCCUACGCCAUCUUCCAGGCUCUACUCCUCCUCGGUCUCGUUGACCACACUACGCUGGCGCAAGUCGUAGACACCGCCGUGCUAGGUGCGGCCGCAGCUCCACCCGCGCCCGUACCUCCCCCACAACCACAGGCGCCGACACCACAAAUGCAACCCGCAAUGCCGUACCAACCUCCUCCGCAAGCGCAGUACCAACAGCCUCCCCCACAACCACAGUACCCAGGAUAUCCGCCAAUGCCGCAGCAGCCGUUGCCGAUACCAACACCGCCCGUGCAGCAACACUAUCAGCCGCCUCCGCAGCAACAGCCUGGGCCGCCCGCAAUGGAUCAGCAGCAACUGCUUCAGAUGGUGCUGAGCAUGACGCAGCAGCAGAUAGACGCGCUUGGACCGAAUGAGCGGGCGCAGAUCAUGGCGAUAAGGCAGUCGUUGAUGGCGGGGCAGAGGUAUUGA